AUGAAAGAAUCAUUCACUCCACCACUUUGCCGUCAAGAAACCUUUCAACAAGACGAACAGCCACCAUAUUUUGUUGUUGAUUUGUCGUCAAGAAGCACAUCGAUGAUUGGUUCGGAUUCGGGAAACGAGUCGAGAAUCGAUCUACGAGCCGGAUCGAUUAUACGGAGGAAGCAUCAGAGUAAAACUCGUUAUCUCGGCUGUGCCCCGUGGCUUCUUCUGGCGGCGGUUCUCUCAUUUAAAUUCGCGAUUUUGGCCGGAUGGUUGGUGAGAGAAUACUGGGAAAUCGACAAAGGAUGUGCGCUUGUGGAUUGGAUUCAAAGGGAAAAGGAUCUCAACGACAAUCAAAAGAAAAUCGACAUUGGAAAAGAGGGACGUUACGAGCAAUUGAAGAGAGAGAAAAGGCAAAAUGACGAUGAUCCAAUCCUUGAUCCCCGUUUCGGUUUGAUGGGUCGAAAAAAGUCGGAUACGCAGGAAACUCAGCCGGUGCAAACAAGCCGCAUUCAACUCCUUCAAUCGACUGGCGGGAACACGAUUCGCACAAAAACGAUCAGAAAUCGAAUCGAGACAAAACAACCGAAAAAUGGAUUGGAUAUACCAAUUGAUGGAAUGAAAAAGAAAAAGAAGGAAAGAGUGAGACAACCAGUGAUGAAAAUGAGGGAAAACGAUGGAGAAGUUGAUCAGAUCGAUCAGAUCGAUCGUCUCCGUCCUCCAAUUCGUCUCCCGCAACCAGUGAAACCACCGCGAAUCGUCGCGAGAGAAUCUGGAGAAGAAAAGGGCAAAAUGGGAAUCGGAGAUGGAGUUAUUGGGGAAAUUGAAGAGGUUCAUGAUGAUGGAAGUGAGGUGGAGAAGAGUUUACAACAUGUCCCCUUUCCUUUUCCAGCUUCACCGUCUUCCAGCUUCACAGCUUCACUCGCCCGUCACUUCACCACCAAAUUCCCACGUCACCUCGUUUCUCCAUCAAUCCCCCAAUCACCACAAUCUUCGUCAUCUCAUUUCUCCACACCGACUCCAAAUCAUUCACCAUUCCUUUCCGGUGCUCUCGAUCCACACGAUCCACACUUCACCAAUAAAGGUCAUAUCCGUGGCUAUGCAAUGAAAACGGCAAGCAAGAAGCCGGCCAAGUUAAAGAUCACUGACUCAACCCGUUUAAUGUGGCACCUGGAUGAGCUCAAUUUCACGACUCUUUUCCCGGCUGGGACUGUGCCAACAAAAGAAGAAGCCUCCCAUCAGUCAGUCAUUCUUCAACCGAUCACUUUCGAUUUGGCAUCGACUCCGAAAACGAAAACGAACCCGAAGCUAGAAUUGGAAGAUUUGGAAACUGAAUUUGGAUCAUUUAACGUAUUCGAGGUUUUUGAGGAUCUUGUUAAAACGACGAUGAAGCCGAAAAUUGAGACAACUACGACAAAUGCGAUUGAGAUUGAGUUUGAGAAAGUCAUCCAGAGACAACAAAGGAGUACGACAACGAUGGAGACGCUUGUGGAAAAGAAAGAGGAAAUAAAGAUGGAUAAAGAACCGAUUUUGAGGGUUCAGGAGACCAUUCCAAUCACAACCACCAUGCAAAGUGCACACGAGUUUCAAGAACCGAAUCCAGGCGACUCGUUCAGCAAUUGGAAGAAGAAAGUCGAGGAGGGACACAGGAUACAGGCCACAAUGAAACCAAUGGGCACGACGGAGCGAUCGAUCGUUCGCUUGGACUCUCUUCAGGUUGAUGUCACUGAGGAACCCCGAAGAACUACUGUAAUCACUAGAUAUGGUGAGCUGCCGACAUCAAAAAAUGUUCCGAUUGAGGUGAAACCGGGUUUUGAUCGAAGAGGAGACGGUGAUAAAUACGAUCGGUACUCGUCAAAAGCUCCAGGAGAGCCGCCUGAGAAAGCGCCGAUGCCGAAGAAUGAGCAAACGAUUGAUAUUUUUGGGGAUAAUCUGCAAUCGUUUGCUGAUUCGGCGAUUUGCAUUGCGAGAACGCUUUUUGAUGUUUGGUGCGUAAUCCAAUGUGUUUGUUGUAUGCCAUCAUUUCUCUCGGUUUGUCUCCCAUCUCGAUCACUUUUCGUCGUGCAUCUCGUCCUCGACGUCCUCUUCCUCGUUGUCGCUUUUAUCUUUUGUUCAACUGGCGUCGUUUUCUCAAUGGUUCUUUUCGUGUUAGUCGAGGGAAUGGGCAGGGAGAUUCUCAUCAAAUGGACCUUCUUGUUGAUUCUCUUUUUCGUUCUUCUUCUCGUCUACACGGCUGUCGUCGUCAUCACGCAUCGCUCUUGGGAACUUUUAUUGGAAUCGUCAGCAAUUCGUCGAAAAUAUCGCCGGGUCGAGAAAGCCGAUGAAAUCGAGGGAGAAGCCUUG